AUGGCCACAUACAACAAUGCCCACUGGUUGCUGUCGCACAUACGAAAUUCGUUCAUCUCCACCGACGACACCGGCGUGAGCGAGACGGUCAUGGCGACGGAGGACAUUCCGCAGCAGUACGCGGCUCUGCAGCGUCAAACGGCGCAGCAAAUGGAAGCGGAAGGCAAUGCCUACGAGCCCCGGCUAACCAGUUCGACUGGCCCCGCGAGCGACGAUGCCAAGCGUGAACCGGAUCCACGGUUCGGGGUCGAUUACCAGUACUUUCACUGCUACCCGGGGCUGGAUGACACAGACGAAGAGGAUGCGGACGGGUUAUCGCAGUCGUACGAAAUUCAGAUGGACCAAGAGAGUGGCUUUCACCGGGCACGCUCAAACACGGCGCAAAAGCUGGAAAAGAUGGAAAUCGCGCGACGUAAAGCGGCCCUCGUCAAGACCGUGAAGCAGGUCGAUAGUUUACCCCGACCGACGGACGACAAGGAAAAGGCAGCCGAGGACGAUCGAUUGUUUUGUCGCCGUUCAGUGUCGUCGGUGCCGGGUGCAGCCAUGGGGUCGCUGCUCAGUGAGCAGAUCCGAAAGUGCCCGAAGUUACCGCAGAGCAAAUUUCUAGAGUACGCCAAAUUCGACGGCACCGGGCACAUGGAGGUGCCGACGCGUACGUUUAAGAUAUUUCUCACCAUCCUCCCGGAGGAGCUGCGUGCCUUUCCGUUGCAAAUUUGCGUACAAGCCACGGCCAAGAUACAAGAGUUUAUUGGGCUGAUCUGUUACAAGUGUACGGUCACUCAUCCGGAGAUCCCCCUGCGCUCGGUGCGCCACUACGGUCUGUUCAUGACGGAGGAGGACGGCGAGGUCGAUAUGGACUUUCCACCGCUCGAUGCGAACGAACCGUGUGCCAAGUUUCGGUUCACGCACCUCGCCCUUGCCGAGCGACGACUCUCCACCACUCAUCAGGCGAUUCCGUUGGUGUCCGCUCUGCAACCGUUGCGCUUUGAACCGUCCACCACCGAUGGGCGCCGCUCUAGUCUCACGGCGAAAGGGGCGUCAGGUUCGGCAUCGACAUCAAAACCGGAAACUUCCAGCCUCUCGGCUCCCCUGCGAUCACUAACUGGUGUCACCCGAAAACUGUCACUCACCGCCACGAGCGCCCAGCGGGUUAGCAUGCAGCAGCAGGAGGAUCUGGAGCGCAUCAAGGGUCACACGUCGAAGAUCGAAGCCCCGCUGUACCGGUGUUUUCAGGUGCACGUGUUGCAGAAAUCACGCCUCAAAACGGAAGUGCAGCUCGGCAUAUCGGGCGAUCGGUUCGAGAUCGAUCCCGUGCCGCAGCGGGCGAGUAAAUUCUGGAGCCGCCAAAAGUCGACCAACCAGUCGAGUCCGAUGGAUGCGGUGGCGGCGUGCACGAUAAUCGAUCGGCGCGCCACCAAAGCGAUCGUGCGGCUCGUGUACAGUGCGUCGAACGUGGCGCUGCUGUCGAGCAGCGAGGGUAGAGUUGAAGCACCGGUUAGUUUCAAGCACGUCGACAUCGAAACCGACCCCAAGACGGCGGACGAGAUCGUCGAGAAGGUGAACAACAUCCUGGAGGUGCGCCUCAGUCCGAUACGGCGCGAGUACAUGCGAAGGCGCGGCACUCUCAAGACCCAAAGCAGCACGUAG